AUGUCGAAGCCGCAUAUGUUUUUAAUCGCAAACGUCCGAUUCGGGUUUGUCAAUGUUUGUGGACAAAUUCAUGUUGACGAGAACACGGAUGCCGCCAACUCUACUGUCGCAUUUUCCGAGGAGCAGUUCUUCUCCGGUGUCAUAGACGGCGUUGAAAGGCUGGGUUCUUCUCGUUUCGGCCAGGCCGAUGACGUCGUACCUUAUCCUUCUUGCUUGCAUGAUAAGUCUUUUGUCGAGGACUCGGAUGCAAGUGUGCGUGCAUUGUAG